ACGUUGUAUGUAGAGGUGGAAAGUCCAUGACCAAAUGUCAAUAUGUGACGAGGUCAGAGUGAGAAUGUGUUGGCAUUUAACAGCAGCAAAACUAAUCAAAACAACUAUUUACCAACUCUCACACAACACUAAGAUUGAAGAAAACAUUAAGAUUUGAAACAUUUAAAGUACAUCUCUGUGCCCUGAGUGUGCCUGGGCAUGCACAUUCUUUGGUGAGACAGUUUGUAUCGACCUGUUUUAAAUGUUUUGGCAGAAAUGCAUGUAUUUGGGAGGUACUGAGCAUGUGACGGUAAAAAUGAAACUUGGAUUAUACUGCACAAGUUGUGUGAGAGAUUGCUGCUAGUUUUGCUGCUGUUAAAUGCAGACCCUAAUUACAUUACUUCAUGAAGAAUGUUUGCCUUUUUUUGGAUUCUCCAUUCACUGAGGAGGCAUGUGAGAAAAACAGUGAUGUCUUCACCAGUUCAAGCUCCUUCCAGCAGCGCCUGUCCUACAGCACGCUGGGUGACCUGGCUCUAGCACUCAUAGAUGGGACUGUCUAUGAGAUUGUGCAGGGGCUGCUGGAUAUUCAGCACCUGACAGAGAAGAAUCUGUACAACCAGAGACAAAAGCUGCACUGUGAACACCAAGCGCUCAAACAAGAUCUUGUACGAAAACACAAAGAUGCCCUGCAGUCAUGCAAGUCUCACAACCUUGCGCUUCUCAAAUCCAACCAGCAAGCAGAACUAGAGGCUCUGGAAAUUCGUGUGCGGGAGGAGCAAAGAAUGAUGGAUAAGAAGAUUGUAGCAGAAAUGGAUCAAAAAGUGAUAGACCAGCAGAAUACCUUGGAGAAAGCGGGAGUCCCUGGAUUUUAUAUCACCACUAAUCCUCAGGAGCUGACGAUGCAGAUGAACCUACUUGAAUUGAUCCUCAAGCUUCAACAGAAGGAGUCACAAUCUGGAGUCCUUUGAGAACGAGGCCUAGUAGUGCCAGAAGAGGGGAAAACAACCACUCAGUGCCCACAGACUGUGUAUGCUCACAGUCCAGUAAUUGUGAGAUGCAUCAUAAACAGUCAAAGUGUGGCACUUGACAUCUGUUGCUAUUGGUGUAAUAUUCACCAUUAAAACAUGCAGGAGAAGGCCGGUUCUCGAGUUCAUAAGUAAGAUGUUUCCAGUCCAGGAAGAGAGCCUCUACAGGUCGUGACUACAAAGUUAUAAAGCACUUAACUGUCACUCAUUGUGAAAUUAGGAAGUUGAUGUGUCGUGGAUCUUUUAGUACUGAGAGCGCAGACUCUGCAAGAAAUUAAAUAGUAAAGGGUAAAGAUGUUGCUUCAGGACACAGAGAUGGCUGUAACUGGGAUUACUGUCGUGGUCUUCCUGCAGUGAGAUGGUCUCUCCGUGAGGGACUCGUGAUGCCUUUGCCUGAAGUGUCAGUUCCAGUGUUCAGGCUCUGUUUUUAACACUUUAUUGUUAAUUUAUUUCAACAGUAUUGUAAUACAUUUCCCACUUUUCAUAUUUUUGCUACUUUGUUGUGAAUCGUGUAUUUUUCUGUUCAGUUUGUUGUACAUGUGUUGGUAUCAGGGGUGCACGUUAGAUCUUGAGCUAACCCCUUCACAAUUACAUUGAUAUUUUUUAAAAUGCCAGUGUUGGUUGAUGUUUACAGUCCCACAUAAAUAAACAAAUCAGCAACAUUGAA